AUGAGCACCUUCAAGGAAAUUGACGGGUCACGGCCGUAUUGUCUGCAGCACAAUCUCCUGACUUGCAAGGUAUGUUUACAUAGUGUCAAAACGACCAAAGAUGGUAGAAUGCCAAAGAAUACAGCUGAGUUUUCCUGCGAUGAGUCGGCUCAUAGCGUCAAGCCACGAUUUGAACUGGCUCGUAAAGGUCUUUCUGACUUAGGAUAUCCAGACGGCUUAAGUCCAGAGGAACGGAGCAAAUCAGCCUACCCUGAAAUACUAAAAUCUAUCAAUGACGGCCGCCCAUAUUAUGACUGUGCAGCAUGUGGCCUUACCUGGCUCGCAGGCGGUGGACCUGAGUAUUUCGCUGCGCAUCCUUCCCAUGUUGGCUCAGACGGACAACGAUAUUUGAUAGCCGUAGUACGUCCAACAAAAUUCAUGCGUGUUUUAGAGCAAAUUGAAUGCCAUGCAUACUUCAAUUUCGGACAUGCCUCCCCGAUGAACGUCAGUUAUAAGUGUGUAGCAAAGUCCGAUCUUGGAACUGCAGAUUGGAAUCUUGAUAAUGCCGAGCUGGCUGCUCUAACCCGGAUGCUACAUCAUGUGGCAGAUAAGGUGUUUCCCUACAGGAAAAAGCUAGUCCACGAUUAUAUUUAUACGAACAGCGCCCACUUCGCCGGCCAAGCCCAGCGAUUUCAGUUACUGGUGGUUACCUCCCUCAACCAAGAUCUCCUCCGGUUUUUAGGUAAGGUCCAGGACUUGAAAUACAAUGCUAAGAAAAAGGCCUACGUCGAGAAGAAUAUGCUUGGUAUAACGGUAAAAAAGUAUCGUGUCACAGAAGAACGGCGAUUUCAGAUAUCCAAUUUCUUCCGGAUAAUAAAAAAUCUGGCUGCGGAUGGUAUACAAGUUCAUUGGUGGCCCGCAAAGGUAGAGGCAUCUGCGUGCGCGAGGAAAGCCUUCAUGGACCAGCCAUCUACACUCCCACCACCACCGCUGAAUGAGUCCCAAAUCAAACCCCCAUUUGCUUCGGAAGCAGUUGAUUCGGGUGACGAAAUGACAGAUGACGAAUUGGUAGAUGCUGAUUCCUUUGAGGAGACACGCGACCAGGAAGAAUACCAGGACGUUGAAUGUGUGCUGGACCCUGAAGAAGAUGCUGAGAUCCAGAAAGCUAUCUGGGCUAGUUUAUCUAACUAUUAA